GCAAUAAAUGAAGGACAUAUCAAAAAUGUCCUUAACUAAGAAGUUUUUCUUCUCGUCCUUAGCUGCAACGUGUCACAAUGGGAAUGGACGAUUGAAAGGGCGAUGACCACUAUCCUCCGUUGGGUCUUUUUUCUUCAUCGUGAUACCGAUUAAUCGGAGAUUUCAACUCAAUCAACCAACGACCAUCGCUCGCUUUCCCUUAACCCUAGCACCACUGCCUCUGGCGCUCCGAGAAUCUUCCAAUCUCUCGGAAACCAGGCGACGAAAACGGCUGGGACAUCGCAACGGGAGGAUCGUUCGCAGGAGGAGGAUCCGACGAUCUCGAUUGGGAUCACAAAUCGAUGUGGUCCACUGGUCUAAGCAAAGAGCAUUUCGAUGGCGUCUCUGUUGGCCGUCAGAACAACAACGCUGCCGCGAAUCCUCCUUCUUCUGAUAGUUCUUCGGGUGAUGUGAUGAGCAAGUUGGGACCGAGAGAAGCCGCCAUGGUUAACGAGAUGAACGAGUACGAUGACAUGAUCAAGGAGAUUGAGAAAGAGAACAGGCACAGCAGGGGAUUCGUUGACGGGAUCAAGCAGAAGAUGAUGGAGAUGAGCGUGCUUCUGAAGCAAGUCAAGGAGCCUGGUGCUAGAGGGUCUUAUCUCAAGGACUCUGAGAAGACUGAGAUGUACAGGUUGCAUACGGAGAAUCCCGAGUGGAAAGGAGAAGUGAAGUGCCACAAGUACAGCAGAAGACGUUCAUCAGAUGGUUGGAAAAUCACAGUUGAGAAAUUGGGUCCUCAGGGCAAACAUGGAAAUGGAGGUGGCUGGAAGUUUGUGAGUCUUCCUGAUGGAUCAAGCCGGCCUCUUAACGAAGUGGAGAAGAUGUAUGUUAAGCGUGAAGCCCCACAUCGCCGCCGUAAGAUUCUCUCUUGAAUUUGCUAGAACCAGACUCCAUCAAUGGUAAUGAGAAUUGUUAUCUCCCUUGGAGAGUGUCAAAGUUAAAACUACUUUGUUUUGUUUGAUCUUUUGGUUGAAUAGUAAGAUGUGUAGCUUUAUUUAAUUUACUAAGAUACAUAUUUUUGUCCUACCAAUAAUCUUCAACAAUUAAAAAGUUUUUAAGCA